GAAGAUAUUAUUACUACAAGUAAAAAGAAUAAAAAACUUAAAUUAUCCGAACUUUCUUCAUUACUUUCAACUCCUCCGAGGAGAUUGACUCCAAUUUAUCGUGAGGAGAUUGUAAGAUUUUCUAGUAGAGGUAGAGGUUUUCAUAUUAGCAUGGAUGUGUCUGAAGAAGAAUAUUAUGACACAUCUCAUCCUGAAGAAUUUGAAACAACAGAACGGUGGUAUAAUGAACAGCGGAAUAUACAAGAUGACACUAAUCUUGGAAGUUUAACAUCAUCACCAAUAGAUUUGUAUCUUCCUAUAAUUUCCACCUUUUCUCGAGAUAAACAAAGCGAUGAUGAUGAUAUAAUCCAACAAUAUUAUUAA